UACACUUCUUGUUUGUUUACAGCUGAUUUUGGGAGAGAUGGCGAACAACUGUUGUCAAAUAGGAUCAACCAAAAGUGGAUACUUCGUGCUGUGUGAUACCGUUAGCAAAUACAAUGGCAGGCGGCACGAACAUGCUGUGUUGAGUAGCAUUGCAGCAAAUGCCCUGCAACUCUCCUUCGACCAGUUCGGGAAUUUUGUGGUUCAAUCGUUGCUCAAUCUGGGGCUCCCGUAUUUCAAUUUCAAAAUCCUAGAUGAGCUCCGCGGGCAAUACUUCAGCCUCUCCCUCAACAAGUUCGGCAGCCACGUGAUGGAGAAGUGCCUAGCAAAUGCUCCGAGCGUUCAGCAACUCGAGCAGAUCAUCCAUGAGCUGCUCAACAGGCCCGGCUCCUCCAGUCUGUUCCUGGAUGAGUACGGGAACUAUGUGAUGCAAGCUGCGCUGGUAGAAUCCAAGGAUAAGAGCUGGCCAAUCCACCAAAAGCUGCUGGAGCGUUUGAGGCUGAGCGCAGGCAAGCUACGCACCACUAACUUUGGGAAGCAGCUUCUGAAGCAUCUUCCCAGGAACAGCAUCCCCAUCAUCCCCUCCUACUACUACUGA